UUUAGGCGAAAAAAAAAAUGAAGACAAUAGAUUUGUGGCCAUUAUAAGGAGAGACACAGCCAAGCAGGUUCAUCAUCAGAAGACAUGGAAGGAUCUUCCAAAACCCAGAAACCUCAUGCUCUUCUGAUCCCAUUUCCAACACAAGGUCACAUAAACCCAUUUCUGAAACUAGCAAAAAUCCUUCACGCAAGAGGCUUUCACAUUACCUUUGUGAACACUGAGUUCAACCACAAGCGCUUGCUCAAUUCCAGAGGCUCUGAUGCUUUCAAUGGCUUCACAGAUUUCUGCUUUGAAACAAUCCCUGAUGGUCUGCCUCUCACUACCAUGGACGCAACACAGAAUAUCCCUGCUCUCUGUGAAUCCACCGACAAGCACUGUCUCGGUCCUUUCUUCCACCUUGUUGAAAAGAUGCUUCAUGACGAUGAUGUUCCUCCAGUUUCUUGCAUAGUCUCUGAUGGAAUCAUGUCCUUCACCAUUAGAGCUUCUCAACAUUUUGGGAUCCCUAAUGUCGCUUUUUGGACUCACAGUGCUUGUGCCUUCAUGAGCUUCAGAGAAUGCAAGAAUCUCAAGGAAAAGGGUCUAACACCACUUAAAGAUGCAAGCUAUCUGACAAAUGGGUAUCUAGACACCAAGAUAGAUUGGAUACCUGGGAUGAAGGAUGUAAAACUAAGGGACCUUCCUGGGAUAUAUAGGACCACAGAUCCAAAUGAUUUUCUUCUGGACUUUGUUCCACAACAGAUUGAGGCAGCCUCAAAAGCUUCUGCUCUCAUGCUUCCCACUUUUGAUGCCUUGGAACCUCAAGUCUUAAACGCUCUUUCUUCAAUGUACCCACAACUUUACACAAUUGGCCCACUUGACUUGCUCCUUCACAACCAAACACCAAACUCAUCAGACAACAACUGUGAGUCCAUCAAAUGCAAUCUGUGGAAAGAAGAGUCAGAGUGUCUGAAAUGGCUUGAUUCAAAGAAACCCAGUUCAGUUCUAUACGUGAACUUUGGUAGUGUCAUAGUCAUGAGACCUGAACAAGUCAUUGAAUUAGCAUGGGGCCUAGAAAACAGCAAGCAGAGUUUCAUAUGGGUGAUAAGGGGUGAUUUGGUAGCUAAUGGUAAAGCCAUUCUGCCACAAGAAAUCACAGAGGAAAUCAAAGAGAGGAGUCUGAUUCUGGGUUGGUGUCCACAAGAGGAAGUUCUGAAGCACCCAGCAAUAGGAGGGUUUCUGACUCACUGUGGUUGGAACUCAACAAUUGAGAGCAUAAGCAAUGGUGUGCCUAUGAUAUGCUGUCCUUUUUUCAAUGACCAAAUGUUGCAUCGCAGGUUUGUAAGCAGGGAGUGGGGUUGUGGGAUGGAGAUGGAGAGCGAGGAGUUGAAGAGAGAUGAAGUGAAAAGGCUUGUGAGGGAAUUGAUGGAAGGUGAAAAGGGUGUGAAGCUGAGGCAUCAAGCCAGAAAGUGGAAGAAAAUGGCUCAAGAAGCUACACAAGCUGGUGGGUCUUCGUCCUUGAAUAUGGACAAGUUAGUGAAUGAGGUUCUGCUUUCCAAGAGUUAGGCGCUUAAGGGAACCCAUCAGAUAUUGCAGAUGAUCUUUUUUAUUUUGUCGGGGUCAAGGCAUGUUGCAUCGGAGUCAAAAGAUUUUAAAUGUUUCAUAUGUUAUGUUCAAACGUUUUUUUUUUUUAAAUAACAAAACAUGUUAUGUUCAAAUGUUAUAUAGAUAGAUUUUUGAA